AUGCUUUCUCGUAAAUCCUUCGUUGUCCUUUUGGCCAUGCUUGGUUUCUCGAAUGCAGGUCCUCUUGCCUAUGGAAUCUGCCAAACAGGCUGCAAUGCCCUUGUUGUAGCAUGCUACGCAGGAGCGGGUUUUACUUUCGGAACAGUUACCGCGGGUGCUGGUCUCCCUGUUGCUAUAGCAGCUUGUAAUGCAGGGCUUGGAACAUGCAUGGUCGGCUGUGUUGCUGCUGGACUCACGCCAAUCCCCUAG